CGGCGCACGGGACGGCCCGGCCCGGCCAUGACCCUGCGGCGGCGGCGGCGGCGGCGGCUCCGGCCGAAGGACGAUGCGGCACCGGCGGUGGCCCCGGAGAGCCCCGGGCCCGCCGAGCUGUACCGAGCGCUGGCGGCGGCCGGCGGGACCCUGCCCCGUGUGCGCAAGGACGCUGGGUUCAAGUGGGCGUCCCCCAGCCAGUCCCCGGAGGAGCACAGGAGGGUGGUGAUGCUGGAGAAGAAGGCCGAGGAGUCCUUCGGCUUCGAGAUCCAGACCUACGGGCUGCACCACCAGGACAGGAACAGCGUGGAGAUGUUCACCUUCGUGUGCCGCGUGCACGAUGGGAGCCCGGCCGAGGCUGCGGGGCUCAAGGCUGGGGACACCAUCACGGCCGUGAACGGGCUGAACGUGGAGGGCAUCCGGCACCGGGAGAUCGUGGAGAUCAUCAAGAGCUCGGGCAAUGUUCUCCGGCUCGACACGCUCUAUGGCACAUCCAUCCGGAGGGCCGAGCUGGAGGCCAGGCUGCAGUACCUGAAGCAAACCCUCUACGAGAAGUGGGGGGAGUUCCGCUCGCUGAUGGUGCAGGAGCAGCGGCUGGUGAGGGGUGUGGUGGCCAAGGACCCCAGCAUCUACGACACGCUGGAGUCCAUCCGCUGGUGCCUGCAGGGGGAGGGACUGCCGGGGGGCUCCUCCCGUGCCAGCGGCAGCGACGACUCCCUGUACCAGACCUGCGUCUUCGCCUCUUCCAGCUCCCUGGAUGGGGACAAGGACGGCGACAAGGACAAGGAUGAGGACAGCGGGGGUCCCGCGCCCCCACCACCGCGCCCCCGACCCGCCCUGGCCCGCAGCGCCAGCCUCAAGUGCCCGGGGGGGCCGGGGGCUGCGGGGAGGCUUUGGGCCCGGGCCGGGGACCCUGGGGACGGAGCCGCCGCCCCCCGCAAGAACCGACACAGCAGCUUCCGCCAGCGGCUGCUCAAGUUCAUCCCGGGUCUCAACCGGGCGCUGGAGGAGGAGGAGAGUCACCUCUAACCCCCGGCCCCCCAGCACUAUUUAUUUAUUUAUUGCAAGGGGCUUCAUUCCCCCGGCCCUCUCCCCUCCCUGGGGCUGCACCAAGGAGGUUUGGGUUGCCCCCCCGGGGUUCUGAUUUGGCCCCCCCCGGGCCGUGGGGAUCGAGACGCUGAGGGAUGGACACGACGCCAAGGGACAGACGUGAGGACGCUCCCGAAGCGGCUCACGGAGCUGGCGCUGCUCUCGGGGGGAGCGGGGCCCUUCCUCCCCUGGAGGGGAGCGCCGGGGGAACCCCGCAUUCCCCAGGCUGGGGGGGCCGUGGGGGUCCCAGCCUGCCCCCCCCAGGGCUGUUGUACACUCGCCAAUACAGAGAGGAUUUGCA